GUCAACAGCCUUGCAAAGCAAUGAGUCGGUCUGAUUGAAGGCAGGAGGAGGCACACCUGGCCAUGGCGUUCUGGUUGUUAGUCGUGGGCGUCGUCGUUGCGGUCAGUUUGGUCCUCUCUUCGGCCGUCAGCUUUUGGCUGGCUACAAGGCAACCUGAUCCGCUAGAGGAAUUGGGCGUCUCGCCAACCUAUCCAAGAAAACCUUUGCCUGAGGACAAAAUUCAGGCAUACUUGCAGCUGAAAGACAAGCUGCUCGGUGAGUUUGGGAAGGAACAUGUGGGAGAUGACUGGCUUUGUCAGCUUCCUGCCCAUGCGAAGGACAUGCUCAAGUAUAGACUCAUGCAGCGAGCAAUUGGAGCUAUGUCGUUGCUGCAGAAGAUCGAUGCAGAUGCCCGUGGCUAUUGGAAGCUCUUUUCCAAGGGGAUCAUCACUUCAAAGUUUUGGAACUCGGUCCUUGCGGCGGAGCGGGAACUUUCGCAGGAGAUAGAGGCAGUGAAGCACGAGGCCUACUCGAUGGAGCCGAAUCAUGACCCGCAGGGCAUCAUCAGCGAGGCUAUGCAGUUGGUCGUUAGAUACGGCGACAAGAUUUGGGAGAAGUUCCCCGAGCCGCCGGACAAGAUAGGUGGCAAUGCUCUAGCUGCUGCUGCAAAGGUAAUGGCCGCAGCUGGAAAUAUGCCCAACAUGCCCAUGCCGAACAUGCCGAACAUGCCCAGACCACCUGGCGCGGCGCCGCCCUUCGCACCGCCUCCUGGGCGACCGCUGCCGCAGGAAGGUGGCUCAACCGACCAGUACAAGUGGCGACAGGACACCGAAGAAGUGGAGGUCUCUGUGAAUGUGCCUGACAACACUGCAAAAGCAGAUGUGAAGGUGCAAUUUCAGCCGAAAUCCCUGAAGGUCCUGCACAGUGGCAAGACCUUGGUGGAUGGAGCUCUUGCUAGUCCCUGCUGUCCGGAAGGUUGCACAUGGACCCUCAGCAAGGGCUGCGUGGUAGUGACGCUGGAGAAAGCGAAUCCGCAGCCUUGGCCCGCGCUCUUUACUGAGCGCAAGUGAGAUGGGGCAUGCGGCGGCAACAUCCAUCCUCAUGGAA